UUUUAUAUCUACCUGCGGAGUUAGAGUACAACGUACAGUACAGCAAAGAAAAUCAUGUCUCAGUCUACCUUAGGAAUAGACCCUAAAUGGGAAACUCAUUUGAGGCCCCAAUACAUGGAGGUGGCCGAGUUGUUAUCUCCAAGUCGGCAUCACCUUGUGUCUAGACUCUAUAGCAAACAUCUUCUUACUGCAUCGGAGGAGGAAGAGUUUAACAAAUUAUCUAAGUACAAGUCAGAAGAAGAAGUGGCGAAGGAAAUUCUAGGUGUGCUGCGCAAGCAAAGCGUUGGAUCAUUUGACAGAUUUUGUGAAGUUCUCAGUGAUGUUGGAGAUCCUACUCUAAACGAUCUGGUCACGCGACUUCGUCAAGACAGCUUUGAGAAUGUAUCUUCUCAUCAAACCGGAAUUGGAGUACCGUCAGCAUCAUCUGGAGUCAGUUCGACGGCAGGAGAGACAGAUACCACUGAUGGCAAUAAUAAAUUAACGCCUUUUCUUCCUGUGUUACAUUCUCAAGGCUGGAAGUACGACGUGUUUUUGUGUCAUGCAGGCGAAGACAAAGAAGACUUUGUCUCUCUAUUAAGCAAAGAGCUCAAAGAGAAACAUAAAAUUGUUUCGUUUUUCGAUAAAGUUUCUUUGCUAGAGGGACGCGUGGCACAGACAGACAUUGCGGAAGCCAUAAGACAGUCGCCUCUAUUUGUCGUUAUACUCAGUCAUAAGUUCAAAGGAAAACGCUAUCCAGAAGCAGAAGUUAAAGCAGCUUUUGAAUUUUGCAAAGUUGAAAGUGAUCCACUUAGGUUUGACUCACGUUACAAGAAAAUCAUACCAGUAUUUUACAAGAUUAGAGCCGACGAUUGCGGGGAAUCUUCCAUCACAAUCUUAAGAGAGUUGUCUCAAAUUACAGGUAUUGAGAAGGAAACUGAUGAAAACGUUACUGGUUUCGUAACUCGCGUUGCGGAAAGAAUUCGAAAACAUGUUGAAGACCAGCGUGAUUAUGGUGAGAUAAAGGUACAUCCGGAGUUGUCAUCUGGUCGAAUACUAGCAACAAUAGUGGCACACUGUACUGAAAGGGAACCUGCUGAUUCAAGUGUGUCAACUCUAACAUCUGGAGUUUGUCAACAGUUACAAGUGUCUAAUCUUGAUGGCGAGUUGAGUUCUCAGCUGUUAGUGAAAGUUGCUGGUGAAGUAUCUCACAGAUGGCAGGAAUUCGGGGCCCGUCUUUCAGCAAAUAUGUUUCCUACAAAGAGAACGGACGUUAUCACUGUUAAAUACAGAGAGCCAUUUGUGCGCGCUCAAGCCAUGUUAGAAGAAUGGAGAGAGGCAAUGGGCAGACGAGCUACUUGUGACUUGAUUGUUCAAACGCUUUUGAAAAUGGGUUUAAGGAAGGAGGCAUGUGAUAUAUUUGGGUAUGAUGUAGUAGAACUCAUUUAUCCAAACAAAUAAUUAAGGUAAUUAUGUGUCACGUGAAUUCGAUUUAGGGACAUAUCUUUGUGUCAUUAUUUUUAAAUUUAUUUGUAAACGCUCUGAAACGAAUAGCGAUGUGCUAUCAAUGAAAUUGAAAAAUACUUUCUGUAAACAAUACUUUAUCGAGAUUCUGUUCAACAUGAUAUACGUAUUA